AUGAUCGCAAUAGAACCGAAAGGGAAGCCGCUCGGGCCAACAAUAACAAUAGUGACGAUCGAGCCGAGGUCAAAGCCUAAGACCACGACCAAGCCAGAGGCAAAGAGCAACACCAAACUGGAGACAAAGGCAAAAUCGGAUACAAAGAGCAAACCUAAGCCGGAGGCAAAGAGCAAGUCGGACACGAAGACGAAGAGCAACACAGAGAUAAAGAGCAAACCAAAGACAGAGGCAAAGGCCAAGUCGGACACAAAGGCGAAAAGCAAGCCAGAGACGAAGAGCAAGCCCGAAAUAAAAACAAAAACAAAGCCAGAAACGAAGGCAAAAGUCGAGCCGAAGAAAAAGACAAACCCAAAGAAAAGGACAUUGAUCAACCUGGGAACGGCGACGAAGAUCCUGCUGGGAUAA